AUCCUGUACAUUUGACUGGUUCUCAAUUUUUUCUUUUAUUUCGACAGUUUUUAAAAUAAAUACGUGUACCUUUCAUUAUUGUCCUUAGCAACGUUAGCAUAUAUUUCGCGAAAUUUAUUCUGAUCAGGGUUUUAAUCAAGGAUAUCAACUUAUUUACAUGAUUACACCAAUAAACUAGAAAUGGCUGAUUCACCAACAAGAUCCAAUGUGGGCUCACCAGAUGCCUCUAUAGUUUCAGGCAAAAAAUCUAGGCAAGAUAAUCAAUCAAGACAAUCUGGAAGAGUUACCUUUCCUAAUUCUGCCAAGUCAAGCUCCAAUCAUUCAGAACUUUCAGAUGAUACAAUGCCUGCAGGAAAUCCAUUUAAGAUGCCACCUGAUAGUGAUAUAUUUCUGAUGAGGGAUAAAGAACGUCAGCGAAAGAAACAGGAACGUCUAAGGCAGCGAGAUUUAAAAGUUCACGAAAAGACAACAUAUGCUUCCAAAGUAAAUUUCAAAACAGCCCAAAUGAUUAAACCAACAGAUUCUGAUGAAGAGAAAGAUGAAGAAGAAACAGAUAAAGCUGUGGCUGUCAAAGAUGACCCACAGUUUACUAUAGCUGUCACAAGAGAUCGCCAUGUGGAAAAGGAAUCUCUGGCUGAAUACAUUGCCAAGAAGAGAGAGAUGUUUCUAGUCCAGUAUUCACUUGGUGUGAAGCGAGAUGAAACUCAGAAGCUUGAGGAGAUAGCUCAGGCUGAGGAGAGAAAACUUGAACUUGCUGAACAAUAUUUGGAAGAGGAUGCUGCCAUGUUUGACGAGUUUUUGAAAGAAAAUGAUUCUAAUUCUGCAGAGGCAAUGAGAAUAGCUGAAACAGAGACAAAAGCUAAGCUUGAGAAAGUAGCCGAAAUUAAAAAAAUCAAUGCCAAUAUGAUGGCCAUAAAGUCAGAAAUCUCUAAAUAUGAAGACACCCUCAAAGAGUAUCAGAUGUACAGGACUUUCUUAGAAAAUUUAACUCCACAGGAAAUAAAGAAAGAGAUAGAUGAAAGACGCACAAAGAAACGAUCAGAAAGAAGAGCAGAACGUGAGAAAAUGAAAGCUGCUCAAAGGACUACCUCGGAUCUUGUACCAGAAAAAACUGAAACAAAGACCAAAAAACGAAAAGGACUCAGUGACGCUGCUAAAAAAGGAUCAGCAACAAAAAGAACUGCAGAACAAGAAAGUACUGUAUCCACGGUAACUGAAUCUGAUGAUGAUAGUGAUGAGGAUUUGGAGCUAUAUUUCACAGAUCCCCAACAAUUGUUGGAUAUUUUUGCUGAGUUAGAGGAACAAAAUCUUUCGCUUAUUCAAAAUAGUCAGGAGACCGAAGAAGCUUUAGAAGAAAUGAAACAGAAUAUAAAAUUGACAAAGCAAAAAAUGGAGAAAGAAACAUCUAUAUUAAAAGAACAGAUAGAUAAAUUAAAUACACAGAUCAGAAAAGAAGAGAAAAGAGCAGAGGAACUUAAAAUCAAAGCAAAAAUGUUUUCCUAUGGCGAGUUUAAACAAGAAGAUCAGGAAAAGAUGCUGGCUCAGCUAAACAAGAAAGUGGAGGAGGUGUAUCGAAGCUGUAUAGGGGACAAUGAGGCAAACAUUAGUCUUACAGGUGGAAAAGGCAAAAAAUUAGAUAUCGAAACAGACUGGGAAAUUAUACUUGAUAACACGCUCCAGAUGUUGACAAACAUAGAGAAUCGACUUGAGGAACUGUUUGAACAGAUUGAGACCAUGCCACAGGAUAAAGUCGAGGCAGCAGAAAAGGCAAAAGAAAAGGAGCGUAGGUUGAAGUUACGUGAGGAGAAGAUGGAACAACAGAGAUUACACCAGGAAGAGAGAGUCAGGAAGGCCCUGGAGAGAGCGAAGGCCGAACCAAAGAAACAGACUGGCAGAAAACUUGUGUUCCGAUCAGAGCCACCACGACACAAGAAGAAGGAGGACGACAGAAAUGACCAACAGAGCAAGGAGGAAGAAGAGUUAGCCUACUUCUUUUCUUGGGUGUAACUUUCAUCACACACAAAUUGUAGCUUUUAUUAUUCUUAUACAAUGUCGUGACCAAAUAAAGACUAUAUAACUAAGUUUUAUUUAUGAAACAAAAUAAGAAAAUAAAUGAAUAUGAAUCAGUGAUGUUAUUUCUUUGCAUUUAUUAG